AUGGGUAGCACACAGUUUUCAGCUAUAUCACGCGCAUUUCACAAACUAACACUUGCAUUAAAAUCAUGCAAAAACACCUCCGAAAUUCGUCAACUUCAUUGCUACAUGAUCAAAACAUCUCUCACCAAUCUUCCUUUUACUCUAAGCAAGCUUCUCGCUGCAUCAAUCAUAGACAUGGAUUAUGCAUCCACCAUUUUCAGUCAUAUUCAAAAUCCCAAUCUUUUCAUGUUCAAUACAAUGCUUAGAGGCUAUUCUGUUAGCAGUUUUUCUAAUAAAGCUUUGCCCAUUUUUAAUGAACUCAGAAACCGUGGAAUUGAGCUUGAUCAAUUUUCUUUCAUCGCCGUGGUUAAAGCUUGUGGCCGAAGUUUAGAGGUUGGGUUUGGUAGAGGGAUUCAUGGGGUUGCGGUGAAGUCUGGGAAUAGGAUGUUUGUUGAUUUGAAUAAUACCCUUUUGCAGUUUUAUUGUGUUUGUAGAAGAAUUGAAGAUGCACGUAAGGUGUUUGAUGAAUUUCCUGAGAGAAAUGAUUUGGUGUCUUGGAAUGCUUUGAUGGGUGGGUGUGUUCUUGUUUCUCAGCAUUGUUUGGUUUUUGAGUUAUUCUUGAAGAUGUGUUGUAUUGGGAUUAAAGCUAGUGUUGCCACUACGUUGAGUCUUUUGUGUGCAGCUGGUGAUGUAGGGGACUUUGUUUUGGGGAAGUCUCUUCAUGGUUACUGUAUCAAAAUUGGAUUCGGUUAUAAUUUAAAUGUUGUUACUGCAUUGAUUGAUAUGUAUGCAAAAAUGGGCCAUAUCUAUUUGGCACGAAAAGUUUUUGAUGGUCUUGUGGAAAAGGAUGUUGUUUUAUGGAACUGUUUGAUACGAAUUUAUGCAAGGAGUUGCCUGGUUGAAGAAGCAGUGACAUUACUACAGAAAAUGAGACAUGAAGGAGUGAGACCUAACUCUUCUACUUUCGUUGGGCUGCUUUCGGUGUACCCUGCAUCCGGAUCUAUGCUUGGAGUCCGAUAUGUUACUAGUUUGAUUGAAGAGGAGAAACUAGAACUGGAUGUGGUUCUUGGAACAGCUCUUGUUGAUGUGUAUGCGAAAUGCGGCUUUCUAGGUGAGGCCAUGGACAUAUUUGAGAGGAUGGAAAGUAAAGAUGUGAAGUCAUGGACAGCUGUGAUUUCGGGUCAUGGAAUUCACGGGCAGCCAAUGGAAGCCAUAAGGCUUUACAAUAGGAUGGAGAAUGAAGGGUUUAGACCAAAUGAAGUCACCUUUUUGGCAAUUCUUACUGCUUGUAGUCAUGGAGGACUUGUUAAUGAGGGGAUUGAAUUUUUUAAGUGCAUGGUUCAGGAAUAUGGCUUUUCACCGCGGGUUGAGCAUUAUGGAUGCCUUAUUGAUCUCUUGGGUCGAGCAGGAAUGCUACACGAAGCAUUUGAGCUUAUCAAGAGCUUGCCCAUUAAGGGUGAUGCUACUUCAUGGCGUACGCUGCUUUCUGCUUGCCGAGUCCAUGGAGAUGUUAAAUUGGGGGAAUGUGUGAAGGACGUGCUAAACUACUUUUACUCCGCGCAUCCUACAGAUUCCCUCCUCAUUUCUAGCACUUAUGCAGUUGCUGGAAGAAUCUCAGAUCUUACAAGAAUUAAACAAACAAAUGUUAGUUUAGGCAAUUAUGGUGUGCUCGAAACAGAGGGAGAAAAUAUGUUAAAGGAGGCUGGAUUCAGCAGAGUUGAAAUUGUAACUAGGGAAAAUAUGUUUUUGGCGGAAGAUUAA